AUGGACAUCAAACUGUUAUCAAACAUACACAGUCUACUGAGGACUGUUGUGCUAGCCACAGUAACCACAGGUGAUGCGAUUGCACCAGGCUGUGAAGUUCCCAGAUCUGGGUCAGUCCUGCAAAUCCAUGAAUCUUUGGGGUUCCUGGGAGAGUGGUGCCAGAGUGCAUAUGGGUCCCUCUCUGAAGUGAUGCAGAAGUGGAAAGAAUAUCAGCUCCAGUGCCUGAAGUAUCUCUAUGAGACGCCUCCUCUUGUGACAGAAGGCAAGUUCUGCAGCAGGACAUUGGAUGACUAUGCCUGCUGGCCUGAUGGGCUACCUGGGACCUAUGUGAACGUAAGCUGCCCUUGGUAUCUUCCUUGGGCCAGCACAGUGCUCCAUGGACAAGUUUACCGCUUCUGCACUCCUGAGGGCACUUGGCUGCUGAAGGAGAAUUCCACCCUGCCAUGGAAGAACAUUUCUGAAUGUGAGGCAUCAGAUGGGGAUGCACCAGAGGAACAACUCCUAUACGUGUCAGUCAUCUACACCAUUGGAUAUGCUCUUUCAUUCUCUGCCCUGGUAAUAGCAACUGCCAUCCUUCUUGGAUUCAGGCAUUUGCACUGCACUAGGAAUUACAUUCACCUGAAUCUCUUCAUGUCUUUUAUCCUACGUGCUGUAUCUGUCUUCAUUAAGGAUUCUGUGGUGAAGUGGAUGUACAAAACAGCUACGCCUGAGCACCAGUGGGAAGGACUCAUCUCCUACCAGGAGUCACUCAGCUGCCGCCUGGUUUUUGUGAUGAUGCAGUAUUGUGUGGCUGCAAACUACUACUGGCUGUUGGUGGAAGGCAUGUACCUGUACACACUGCUGGUCCUGUCGGUCUUUUCUGAACAGAGAAUUUUUCGGCUUUAUCUCUGCAUUGGCUGGGGUGUACCAAUGCUGUUUGUUAUCCCCUGGGGAAUUGUCAAGUACCUUUAUGAAGAUGAGGGUUGCUGGACCAGAAACCAAAACAUGAAUUACUGGCUGAUCAUCAGACUGCCCAUUCUAAUCGCCAUUGGGGUGAAUUUCCUGAUCUUUAUCAGAGUUAUAUGUAUCAUCAUUUCCAAGCUGCAAGCAAAUCUGAUGUGCAAAACUGACACAAAAUGCAGAUUGGCCAAGUCUACAUUGACUCUGAUCCCGCUGCUGGGGACCCAUGAGGUCAUCUUUGCCUUUGUUACUGAUGAGCACGCCAGAGGAAUGCUACGCUUUGUGAAGCUCUUUUGUGAACUCUCCUUCAACUCCUUCCAGGGACUUAUGGUGGCGAUUCUCUACUGCUUUAUCAACAAUGAGGUUCAGACAGAGUUUCGGAAAAGCUGGGAACGCUGGAGACUGGAACAUUUUUAUGUCCAGAGAGACAGCAGUAUGAAACCACUGAAAUGUCCAGCCAACAGCCUAAGCAGUGGCGGCACAGUGGGCAGCAGUGUCUAUGCUGCCACUUGCCAAGCCACGUUCAGCUAGGAUUUCUACAGAUGAAAAUAGAGAUGAGCCAGAUUACCCAAACUGAACUGUAGGAGGCACCUGAAGACCCUCAAAUACCCAGGCAAGCAGCUUAAAAAUGUCUGCUGGACCCAGAGACUUAACCUUCUGUUGCUCAUUGCUGCAGGCAGCUGGACAAGGUUUUCUAAGGAAAGCAGUCUGCUAAUAUAAUCAACACAUCAGAGGAUAAAUUGAGCAUGUCUAAAGUAAGUUUAAAGAGUUUGUUCCUGUUAAUACACGAGGCCUCCAGGUGUCCAAAA